AUGGACGACAAGAAGAUGAUGUGUGGAGGGCUUGGAGACGCUCAAAAUGCCAGCGAAGAAAUCCAGAUGAUCUGCGACGGCGUGAAAAGUCAAGCAGAGGAAAAAUCUGGCAAGAAAUACGACGUCUUCAUCGCCAAGAGGUUCAAAAAACAGGUCGUGGCUGGUACCAACUUCUUCAUAAAGGUGCACGUGGGAGGAGACGAGCACGUCCACCUUCGCGUCUUUAAAAGUCUUCCGUGUCAUAAUAAAGAACCGGAGCUGGUCGCCAUCAAGGAGCGCAUGACACACAGCGACCAAAUUGAGCACUUUUGA